CUGCUAGCGGUUUAUGGUUUGUUAAAUGGCCCUCCAUCAGAGUGGAGAGUCACCGCGAACAUGUUGGCCUUCUUCACGGCGGUAGUUCUUCCCAUUGUCUCACGAAUACUUCACGCAUCCUGACAUGAGUUCAAGGUUACGAGACGAUUGGCGCCUGCGAUUCCUGUUAUUCCGAGCGGCUUCUUCAAGACUGCCACAAGGUAUGGCUCAUCGAGUCACCCUUAGAACCUACUGACCCUUUCCGUCCACAGUCACUACUCCAUACUUCUCCGUUUUGGAUUUCUGGUCGACACUGUAGCGGCACUUCAUUUUAACCUACCACCAGGUCUUUCAAGUAAUGACCUAAAGGUUCCCAUGCUCUCAUCAAAUCACAGUUUUAGAACAGUCUAUGACGGGCUAUUCACCAGCGCGACUCUGCCCGAAGAUGUACAUAGCCCAGAAGAUGGACUUCUCUUGCUAACGGCCAUACUCUCGGACACCUUAUUUAUACAGAGAAACUUGGCCUCCAUCACUGUCUCUGAGAACUCUAGCAGCCAUCGACAUGCUGAACUGCCGCGAAAAUCCAACCCCUAUGCCACUCUCUCGCCCGACGGUGAAUAUCAUCGUCAAAAAUUGGCAUUGUUAUAUGCUCUGGAUCGAUGGCACGAACAUUUCGGCGAGCUGAUGUCGUCCAACAUCUUGGCCUAUUAUUUCUUCUGCAGGGUUUGCCUAUUUUACCCUCACUUGGGGCGUCUUACUGAGUCUGCCGGGUAUACUCCGCAGGUCGAAAGCGCCAUGCGCCUUCGAACUGAGGAUAAUAUGGAGAGACGUGAAGACGAGGAUUUACCUAUUACAGAAGAAGCCCUAGAUGCAGCUUGGAGAGUGCUUGACCACGUGAAUGUGCGCACGCAGAAGGAUAAAUGCUCAAUCUGGUUCCCCAUCGUCGUCUUCUACUCUGCUCUGAUAGUAUGGCACAGCAUGGUACAUUCAGGGGUGGAAGCAACGGGUCGCCAGUACACUUCACUGAAGAUCUUGUCGUCGUUCUGUAGAGAGUUGGACGAGAUGCCAUGGCCUUGUUGCAGAGAGAUGUCGGCCACUUUAGCGCGCAUAAUGCAAGAAGACAAACAACAAAAAAGAUCAUUCGUCCUGAAGACGAGGUAGUAGUUUGUUUUAACUAAAUGUUUAACAGAGCUGUUGAUUG